AUGAAUGUCUUACCAAAGGACGAUUUGCCCAAUUCGAAGAGUCCUGAUCUUGUCCUACGACAUCCGACUGAGGAUGAAUGUAUCGCAAUCUGGAACAACACGUCCGCUGAAUGGAUCGACUCCCUUACCCCUCCCCUAUACUUGAAAGAAUGUCGUUUCCUUACCACAAUCCCUCUGGCUAGAGAUGGGGGUAUGACUACUUGGGUUCUCGUCCACAAAGAUUCGGCCCCAAACAAACGACAUAUCUUGUGUUCGUGUGAAACUUUCCGGAAGCACUCUUUGACCAGUAACUCACAGGGAGAAGUCAGCGAUAACAUCAUACAUGGAAUCGCUAGCGUCUUCUGCGCACCACCGUACCGCCGUCGUGGUUACGCCGGUCGUAUGAUGCAAGAGUUGGCUAAGGAACUGUACAGCUGGCAAACUGAUAAGUUUUCAUGCAUAGGAACUACACUCUAUUCCGAUAUUGGGAAAGAGUAUUAUGCAAAUCUGGGAUGGACUCCGAAUAUCACAAACUCACAAGUCGAACUACUGCCGAAGCCCAUUGCAUGGUCACCCCUGGUCAAAGCGAUCGUGGAGAACGACCUUGACGAUAUCUGCAAGAGAGACGAAGCUCUAGUACGCUUUCGGAUGUCGGUACCUGCAGAUGAGAUCAAGAAAACACGUUUCACAAUCAUACCGAACGUGGAUUACAUGGGUUGGCACAUCGGAAAGGAGCAAUUUGCGACCGACUUUCUCUUCGGGAAAACUCCAACUGCGAAGGGCGUCAUCGCAGGAUCUCCAGGCAAGCAAGUGUGGGCGACAUGGGUGCACCGAUAUUAUGGUCCACCUAAUACCGAGAAGUCACACAACGUUCUGUACAUACUUCGAUUAGUCGUGGAGACCGAUGAAACCGCAACAAGACUUCCCGGGGAUGCUCUCAAAAGACCAGAAAAAGAUAUCUACGAAGAGCAGAUUGAGCUUUUGAAAGCUGUAUUGCAAGCCGCACAGGCUGAAGCUGCUGAAUGGAAGCUCGAUGCAGUGCAGCUAUGGGACCCAACGCCACUAGUAUUAGGUAUGCUGAAGGACAGUGGACUGGGAUACACUGUCAUAGAGCGGGAGAAGGACCAUAUUGCCAGUUUGCUGUGGUAUGACCAACAGGGCGGAAUUAGCAAAGAGCAACCGUUAUGGGUGAACAAUGAGCACUAUGCGUGGCAGUAG